AUGUUCGUAGGCGUCAAAGCUGUUUUCAUCGACGAGAUCAGCAUGUUAAGUUCAGCUAUUCUUCAACAAGUUAACUACCGAUGGCAGCAGAUGACUGGCAUAUACGACAAACCUUUCAUAGACAUUCACGUUAUAUUAUGUGGAGAUUUCAGACAGCUUCCACCUGUACGAGCAACUCCAUGUUAUACUAUGCCGAUCAACCAAUUAGGAGGUCCGAUUCUUUGGCACAGCAUUGAUUACUUCCCACUGGUUCGUGUUGAGCGACAAACCGAUGAGCGGUUUUCAACGAUUCUAACAAAAAUCGGCGAUGGACUUCAACUAAGCAACGAUAAUAUCUCCCUUAUUGAGUCCAGACAUAAAACUCAGGCUUGGUGCAAGGAAAACGUGCCUGAUGCUGUCACAGCCUGA